AUGCUUCAUGGAAACACUCAAUCUGCUACUGGGUUAUUUGCAGUGCCGGUCACGCUGACCACGAUUCUCAACAAGUGCGAAAAGGGCAAGUACGAGAAUGUUGAGAUGUUUGAACAGGAUUUCGAAGAGAUGCUUAGCAUGUCGAAGUCAUCGCUCCACGUUUCCACGAGGGCGUUGAAAGACGUGAAGGUGAUGGAGGAGUUGUUUGUUAAUGCGCAGUCCAACGCUGUGGCCGCGCUCAACACCGAUUGUGAUAUGCACUUAACACAGAAUACCGAUGUCGAGAGCCAAAUAGGGGCUGCAGAGGUCGUGGCUGUGGGUGAGCCGUUGCUGAGCGCACUGUGCGACGCAAAAGCCAAACGCAGCCGCAAGCUAGUCGACAUGUUCAUGAAACUCCCCUCACGGCGACAGGUGGGGACUUGUAGCUGCUUGGCGUGUUUUUAG